CGGCACAAACCAGAGCAGAGUACUCGCGCGAAAAAAAUGGCGGAUGCUUACGGUCUCUCGACUUUCUCAACAUCAGCAAUUGAAAAUAUUGCAUUAUAAGCCUCAUUCGAUGUUCAUCCGUGUGCGUCUUCUCAUUUCCCUGUGGAACACAUGAUGCACGAUGCAGGAAGAUCCACUGAACGCCCUCACCUCUGGCUACAGUAAACCGAAUCCAGUUGGCACUCAAGAAUCUCCACACAAGAGUUUUCCGUGCAGCCGUUGUAUACUCCGCUUCAAAUCCAGGGUCUACCUUUUUGAACACCUCAACAAGGUGCACGGCUGUGACGUAGAGGCUUCUCCCACAGAGGCUCGUCUCACGUGCGUUGCGACCGACGAAGCCAAAGCCGACGGCAAUAGCAAUGGCGCAGAAGAUGAUUUAGGAUGCGAGCAUUGUCAUUUCAAAGCGUGUAGUCGGGCCGUGCUUAACCGACACGAGAUGCAAUGUCUUAAAAAAGCAGAAGGCGUUGGGGGAAAUCCGACGGUUUCUGAAAACCUGGAGGCCAGCGCGAAGGACAUGUCUGCUGAAGCAAAAGAAAUUCGCUCCGUUGUGUCUGUGGUGUCGACCUCAAAAUCUAAAAACGCUCUUGACUCGUCAAAGGUUCUCAAAACGUACAAGCGGCCAUUGCAAACCAUUACCAAGUACUUUACGGUAACAUCUGGCCCGAACAAGAAACCCCCGGCGGACUCGGUCGAAAGCCCAAAUCUUCCAGACAAAACCGAAGGAACCGUCGUUUUGAAAGAAUCUCCCUCAAACUUAAACCCAAACCGUAGUGGUGUGUUGAAGGUCACGCACUCCAUGAUUGAUAUCACUCGUGUUUCUUCAGGUUUCUUGCUAAACGAUCAACAUAUGAAUUUGAAAAUGAGAUCACCGAAGCCCGGGGAACAAAUCACAGAAUCACUCGCUGACGUUACCAAGAGGACCAACAGUGAAACCUCAAAGGCUCCUUCUGCUAAAAGAGCAAAGUCAGACAAAGGAGCGACCAACCUUCAGCAGGCUGGUCGUCGACAAUCGUCGUCAAGCAACGCAAAAUUUUCAUUUGACCUAAGCGAAGACGAGGGAGAAAAGAAGCUCUGUCUCGUCAACGGAGACUCAGAAAGUGCAACGAUUUAUUCUUGCAAGCACUGCAACUACAACGAGGCGAGCGUGGCGCGCGUAUCAACGCAUUACCAGACCGCUCACCCUUAUGUGAGAUUCAACGCCGCCUACAUCCAGGAUCCUACCGAUGACAGCGCCGUUUUUCGUUGCCUGGUGUGUCCAUGUGAGUUCAUAGGCAUGACGUCCCUCAAGAACCACUGCAGAAAGGAUCACCCAGAGGCCCCGAACAUAUUCGCCGUCCAAUCGACAGAACUCAGUUUGACAUUCAAGUGUUUUUUGUGUGUGUUUACCACCGACGUAUUGAACGUAUUGAAAAAACAUUACAAGAAAAGUCACCCGGCUCAUAAAGUGGAUAAUUCGUUGCUGUUCUGCAAAUACAUUGCAACUGAAUGCCAAGAAGGAUCAACUCGGUCAAAUACAUGUGAAAAAGCACAGAGUGCAGAAAGACCAGGAGGGAUCUCUCCCAAAAGUUCCAGUACGGGAGUCGAAAAUGCACCUUCAGCCGAGCAUCCCACCUCCAAAGGAGCAGAUGUGAUCAUGUACCAUUGCGAAGCCUGCAAGUUUAGCCAUAAGUCAGCUGUUGUUAUGCAUGUCCACUACCAAAAAAGCCACCCAAGUCAAGUGUUCACAAUAGACCAAAUCAAACAGUCGGCUUGUGACAACUCACACACGUCACCAUCGAUGACGCCAGAGAAGACGAUAACGGAAGAAUCGCAACCGCCAACAAGCACCCCAGAUCCUUCUGAGAAAACCGCAAACAAAGCUGAGCCGCAUCAGAAGCGCGAGCGCCGAUCAGAAGCUUCGAAGGCUCGUCCAGAGUCUCCCAAAGCCGAGAAAGCGGAAUCCACUAAAGGCCGAAGGGAACACAAAGAUCGGCCCAGAAAACGCCGUCCGGGAUCGUACGCUACAAGGGACAGUUUACCCUGCGUUGCACCAGGAGGACUGCUUUACUGCCAGGUUUGCAGUUAUUCAAGUACCAAGGUCAAAAGCGUGCUUGGUCAUCAUAAUGCAAAACAUUCUAUGGAUUCCCUAACAUGUGUGGACGAGAUCUUGUGUUACAGCGCUCAGGUCCAGAAAAAGAAACUUCAAAGUAACGCCAAAGCUUCAGCAGGUACGGCAUCUUCUGAUUCUAAAGAAGUCGGGGUACCCGGUGAAGAAGUUCCUCAUAAAGAGGAAGGUGCGGCAUUCGCCUCUGUGAAGAAAGGAAACGCUUACGCAUGUGCGGAAAAACUGUUUUAUUGUCAAAAGUGCAACUACGGAAAUCCAUCUUUAAAAGGUGUAGCGAUUCAUCAAACCAGAGUUCACAAACGCCUCCCUUACAAGAUGGAAUGUGUUGUUGAACAUACAGCUGCGGUUUGCGCUCAAAUUGAAAAGUCCAAAUUGGACUCCUCUGCGCGCCUCCCCCUCCCUAUUAUGUGCGAGGGAGACGAAGACGCCUUUUUCUGCCACUUAUGCAACUUCAGACAGAGUCAGGUGAACAACGUGUUGCGGCAUUACAUGAGAAAGCAUCCCGGGUUAGUGGCUAAGCACGAACAAGUUUAUCGGUAUACCACCAUGGUUCGUGAAAAGACAAAGAGACCACACGUGGCAACCGCAAACCAUGAAGACGGCCCUCCGUCCCUCGGCGAAUCCCUUUCGGCCGCCGUCCCCCAGAGGAACCUCCGUUGCACUCGGUGUCCAUUCAGCACUAAAUUUCUGCAUAUUUUGAGAAUGCAUCUGUGGAACAGCCACAGGACCAAUCGCUCUUUCGCAGACCUUUUGAGAGUGUGUUUCAAACAAGGGGAUUUACAGACCGGGUAUCACUGCGAGGUGUGUGUUUUCUCGCACGAAAAAGCAGCAGUGGUCCACAAGCACUACCUGGAGCGGCACCCGAAACGUUACCGAAGCCUCAGGCACGUGACCACCCACUUGUAUGUGGGUCCCGACUCACGGCCUCUUAAAAGGAGGAAACGUGAAACGAGGCACACCGAUGGCGACGGCGGUGAGGGCGACGACGGCGGCGGUGGCGGCGGCUCCCCGUCUCAGCGGGCAGCACAGAGCGAAACCAAGAACUACUCGUGCAGAGCGUGCGCGUUCAAAGGCGCCUCGGUGUCCGCCGUCACGCGCCACUACCGCGCCGUCCACCCGUGGUCCGUGAAAGAGGACGGCUCGGUUCUGGGCGUCGUCAGCAAGAGACCCGGCGCAAACAGGUCGGCGGAGGACAGCGACGCGGCGCCCGAGUCAUUUGGAUCUCACCAAAUGCCUGUUGCGUUUAAAGCCAAGGCGUCGUCCAAACCGCUGGCGUGCUAUUACUGCCCAGCGAGGUUCCGCACGCGGCACGGCCUCAACACCCACUGCGGAAUGAAACACGUCGAGGUCGAGAAGGGAGACUUGCAUCAACAUGCGGAGGAAACUCAAGCGGCCGUGUCUCUGUUCACCUGUCCAUACUGUCCCUACAUGAAUAUCAUCCAUCAAGGGAUUCUCAGCCACUGCCACGUGAAGCACGUCGGCCUCGAGGCCCGGGCGGACGACCACCAGGUGGAUGAAGCGCAGGUGUCUAAAUGGAUGGACUCUCUGAAGACCAGACGUUCCGCCAAGGCGGGUAAUGUGAAGCUCCGAGGCUACAUGUGCGGAACCUGCCCGCAGAUCUGCGUAACCAUGGAGAAGCUGAAUGAGCACUGUGAGGCCGAGCACGGCGAGGCCGCGGCGAAGCCGGCGCCGACGUCCGCGGCCAAACCGGACGCUCCCUGUUUGAGUAAGAUCUGCGCAGCGGGCAAUUGCCAGUACUGCACUUAUAGUUGCAGCAGCAAGAUUGUGCUCGCCCGACACGUGCGCAUCCACCACGCGGCGGCCUCCGUUUCUAAGGCCCAGCACUGCGCGUACAAAUGCCUCUUGUGUUCCAGUUCCUAUCGCACAAAGAAGCUGCUUGGAAACCAUUAUUUCAAGAGACACGGAAGGGACGGCUUCUUAAAAUACUACGCGCCACUGUACAAAGGGGCCAGGGAGGAGCAAGCAUCGGGGUCAGAGCACGAGGGCGGGGCACGUGAGACCGGCGCGGCGACAAGCGAGCCCGAGAAUCUGUUGGUCUACAGGUGUCCGAGUUGUCCCUACGUGAACACGGGCUACCACGGCAUGCUCACUCACUGCCAAAUGAAGCAUCCGGACGUGGUCACCAGGGCGGACCAGCUCCGCACGGUGGACACGCUCAGGGCCGACUUGGUCGGGUUUAAGCUCGGAAGAGCUGCUAAUGAGAGAGGGUACAUGUGUACCGCGUGUCCACUCAUUUAUGGGUCACUUAAGAAAAUGAAAGCCCACCACGAGCGCGACCACGGGGCUCAGCGGGCAGCUCGGGAGCAUUCAGCCAGCUCUGCGUCAGAGGGGGCUUCAAAAAGCAAAACGCCAGCGGUGGGACAAGGAGAAAAGAGCGCGGCUGAGACGCGCCAAUCAAACGCCACGUCCUCACUGGACACGGUGACAUUGUACAAGUGCCACAUGUGCAGCUAUAAAGGAGUUUAUCGAAGAUACCUGCUGACUCACUACAAAAAGACCCACAAAUUGGAUGCAUACACUACGCGCAAGCUGCUAAAGAAAUAUAACAAGUGCCGGAAGGCCAGCGGCCCGCCCGCCACAGAGUCCCAGGAGGGAGGACCGGUCGAAUGUAUAAAGUGUCCGGGGCUGGUUUUUGACUCUGCUCAGACGCUCGUCGCCCACUACGCUGCUUCGCACAGCUCGGAUGGCAUGUUGGACUUCACCGUGAUAUCCCAAGGGACGAGGAAGGGCAGCACGGGUCUCUACAGAUGUGUCCGCUGCAGCAAACGGAUGAAUGGAAUCCGGAAGCUCUGGUAUCACCUGGACUGCCAUCGAGAAAGUGCCAGGAAGAGGGCACGGGCGGCGGAGACGACGUCGCCCAAGGCCGUCUCCACUGAGCUCGACGCCCAGGACGAGCCCCUCCCGUCGGAAACUGUGGACGAGGCGGCCCAGCGUAACGGAACCUCGGGUGAGCCUCGCCCUCCGUCGCCGCUGGAGAAACCCGCUGACCAAGAGCAACCCGGGCUGGACUCGAGAGAAGGCGACCACACCUGCACGCAGUGCCAGAGGUCGUUCAUGUCGCUGAGGGGGCUGCGGUCGCACGAGCGCAGCCAUGCAGCCAUGGCGGCCCUCAAGAAGCUGAACGGUGCGCCCGCCUCGGGGUUAAGCUACAACAUUAACAAAUAUGUGCUGUACAAAGCUGGCACCACCAGGCCUUUCCUGUGUAGUUUCUGUUCCUAUCGGACGACCUUCAUGGGCCUCUGGAGGUGCCACUUCAUGAAAGUGCACCAAGAUUUCACGAUGGAUCCAGCUGAGAGCGACGACCAAGAUGAGGAGAGCGUCCAGAAGGCCGACAAGGAGCCCUCGAAUUCAUCCGAGGAGCUGACCCAUUGGCCUGACCCUGAUGAAGAACUUGAUAUUACUGAAAGAUCGCUGUACUUGGAGCCCCCAGAUGUGCAGCGGCAGUUGAACCACUACAGCUCGCGGUCGCAGGCCGACUGCCCGUCUGAAACCAACGCGCCAGGAACACAGUUACCCGACAGCCGGCUUCUUCACUGCGAGUUCUGCACCUUCAACACCGAGCACCUGUCCAGCAUGCGACGGCACUACCUGAACCGCCACGGAAAGAAGGUCCUCCGGUGCAAAGACUGCGACUUUUUCACCAGUUUGAGGAAAACCCUAGAAAUGCACAUGCAGGUGGGUCACUCGACAUGGCAGCCGGGACCCACGCAUGAGCGGGACCUCCGCUGCCCCUUCUGCCUCUACCAGACCAAGAACAAGAACAACAUGAUCGAUCACAUCGUCCUGCAUCGGGAGGAACGCGUGGUUCCCAUAGAGGUGCGGCGCCCGGUGCUGUCGCGUUACCUCAGAGGCGUCGUCUUCCGCUGUCACAAAUGCACCUUCUCGUGCGGCGGUGCCGACAAACUGCGGUCGCACAUGGCGAGGCACGACGACGUCAGGCCCUACAGGUGUCGGCUGUGCUACUUCGACUGCACCCGUCUGAGCGACCUGGAGGCGCACCUGGGCGAUAAGCAUCAGGUUGUGAGGAAUCAUGAGCUCGUGGGUCAGGUGAGCCUGGAUCAGCUGCAGGCGGCCGUCGGCAGGAUGCCAGAAGAGGAGCCGUCGUCUAACUUGGAGCUCCGCAACGACGACAGCGAGGAUGAAGAAACGGAGGGCUUUGUCACUGACUGUAAGGAAGGUCUACUUGAAACACAAGCUGCAGAUGUCCUGAGGGGGGGACGUACGCCGCAGACCGAGGAAGCAUCUCGGGAGCGAGGGUGGAGCGGAGACAUGGAAGAAAGCCCCAUCGAGGGCUACGUGUGGGAUCUUCAGUCUAAGGAGGCAGAGCCCAACACUGCUGCUUUGUGCAUGAGACAAAAGGAGGAGGAGAAGGCAGCAGAGGAGAGCUCACCAACACGCGGCGCUCUCAGCGUCCGCAGGACACGUGAGAAAGCGGUUGAGCCUGGAGCGGUUACGGAGGCUGAGGCCGAGGCUGUAGACGCGCUGGUGUCACCCGAUGGAGGAGGCGUCCCUCCGUCCCGAGUCGAUGCGGAGGCAGUUUCCGCCCUUGCUGCUACAAAUCUGACGCAGGCAGAUAACAGCGGGAGUCUCGGUGGUGCGACUUCUUUGCCAACUUUCUCGUCCAAGUGUGCAGGAGCUAAAACGAGCGAUACGGAAAACUCUGGGCUCUCGUUUAAGAACUGCAAAGAGGGACAAGCGCAGCAUCAGAAGAACAUUUCCGCUGGGAGAGAGCCGUACGGGGAAAUGCCGGUGCUCGAGAAGGAGUAUCUCAAAGAGGAAUUGCAGCCCAUCGGUUGUUGCAAGGAGGAAGAUGAGAGCGGUCGGCUGGUGCCAAAGCGAGAGGAAAAGGACAAAGAGGACGAGGAGGACACAAAGGACAAAAAUAACAGAUGCACAGAACCAAAACACGACGAUGAGGGCAUGAAGAACGGUUCUCCGCAUGUGGCCAGAGGUGCCGCCGAGGAGAAGCGGUUCACUUGCGAGUUCUGCGGGCGACACCUCGCCAACGCCACCGACCUGGAGCGGCACGUCGCGCGACACGGAUUGUGACGUUUUCCGUUUGUGAUGCUGCGGCGGCUUUCACUAUUUAUUUUUGUGUCUGUGAAGCUGUGGUGUGUGGUUACAUACAUGAUCCGUCCUCGACUCUCUUGCUGAUGAAUGUAAAUCUGUGCGACGUUGUUCCACAUACGUUUUUAAUGUUUUGUAGAAUGUGUACUUUUUUCUAAUGUUUUCUAAUGUUUUGGGACAUCUCUUGUGAGUAGGAUAUAGUCUCAGUAACUAAAACCAAACCAAGACAUUGACUGUACGAAGUCUGACUUGUGCCCAUUAAUAUCUUAUCUAGAUUUUUUUUUAAUGACAAUAAUAAAUAUCAACAUACUACAAUAACUACAAAUGACUAUCAGCACCUGCAAGGAUCCAAUUUAUUUCCCAUUCCUUUAGUUCAUCUGAAGAUAUUACUAAAUGCUAACAUCUUGAGCCUGUAAACAAUCGGUUUAGCAAACUGUUAACCAGACCAACCUCAAAACCACCGAUUGUGGAAACGCUCGUGCUGCCUUCAGGUGCUGUUCGGUACUUGAUAAUGAAAUGUUGCGCUCCAUGUGGUUUCACCAGUACAAAAAAACAGUAUUUUGUUUUGAAAUAAACGUUUGUUUACUUUUA